UCGACUGGAGCCUCAUUGUUCUUUCAAUUUAAUGGCUCGAAGUUGUCGGCGACUCAAAACUGUAGCGGAUGCAAGUAGGGAUUUAAUAAGUGAGCUGCCGAUAGAAGUAAUGGAUAGAAUUUUGGAGUGUUUGCCCACCCAAGAAGUCGCCAGAAUUGCUCUGCUCUCAAGGCACUGAAAUCAUGUUUGGUUGCAGCAUGGGCGGCUUACGUUCGAUUCCGAAUUCUUGCAAAGUGUCCAACGGUGCCAAGAUGAUGUAGGACAAUUAAGCAACUGAUAGUCCGUGGCUCCUUUAUUGAUUUGCCUGUAAAUGCUUGUGAUAUAUUUUCCAAUGUCACUUCAUUAGAGUUCUUGCAUGUUGAAUUUAAGCGCGGUGUUAAUAGAAUUGCCUCUAGUAUUAGUAUUCCUAAGCUUGAGAAGCUGGCUUUCAAACUUUGUAGCGGGGUCAAUAAGUUUGAGAUUAGCAGUCCAAAGCUUGAAAUCUUGUAUGUUAUUCAUUCUAUGGAUGAUGUGGUUGACUCGAGAUGGUUGGCACCGCAUUUGAAAGCCAUUAAGACUCUUUGGUUGUGUGACUCUUCAUUGGAGUGUAUGAAUACAUCUAUGUUUCCAACUGCAAUAAAUCUGCAAGUGAUGAUGCUAUAUGGAUUAAAUUUUUGUUGUCGGAAGCAGCUUGCCGUUGCGAUGCAAUUUCUUAAAAAAUGUCCUAACCUAUGUGAACUACGUAUUUCGACGGACGAGUUCGGUUCGGAGGAUGACAAAGAAGAUGCUUCAAGGCUUUUGGAGGAUCCAGAUAGUUGCUUUGGUAUUCAUGAGCUGAAGAUGCUUAACACAAUCAAGAUUAAAUCAAAUUGUUCCGCACUCCAAAUGCUCUUUAUAAUAAUGUUGCUCUCAAAAUCUCCUGCGCUAGAGAGAUUUAUUGUGAAGUUUUGGGGUAUGAAUGCCCCCGAAGUGAGAAAAAUCCAAAGGAAGUUGAAAUGCUUUCCUCGUGCAUCUUCAAACGCACAUAUUGUCUUCACGGACAAUGACAGUGAUUCUAUGGGUAUGGAGUACUGGUAAAAUUGGUUUAGCCUUUCAAAAACUUGGUGAAUCU